AUGCAAGUCUCUGAUCCUCCUUCGGUCGGCAAGGAUCCUGCUCUUGGCGAAUCAGCAUCGCAGCAAAACGAGUUCGAGAUUCUGUCGCAGCACAGAGUCGACACGUCAAACGAGCGAACCCGAGCUCUUGAAGCUUGUCGAAACAUCAAAGAAGAGAAGACGGACCGUGACUUUGACUUGCCACCCCUGGUUCGGGGCGCUGCCGCGUAUGAAUCGCUUCACCUUCUACCUUCAUAUCGAGCGUCAGGGAGCAAAAGUCAGCCACACAAUUCAGCCUUCGACCGAGGUCCAAAUCAAGACGCAUCUUCGCUCUCGUCCACUGAAUUCUUCCCUGGGGACUGGAGUCCGCUCCAGAUGCCAGACAACGCGCCCAUGCUACCGAGUCGCGAUGCCGAGAACCGUAGCUUCUUGCAACAACAGCUUCCACCUUACAGCUUUCAAACCUCCGGAAGCGUCAGAACGCCGCAGCACUCGAAUAUGGCUCCAUCUUCGAGCAGCGCUGCAGAGCUCGAUGCAACCUUGUCGUCCACUAGGUUGGCCAAGGCGGGACGAAGUCUCGCUCCCGCACCUCGAGACAACGAGUCAAGUCGGCUGAGGGACAUUGAAGAGAGCAUCAAUUGCUUCUGGCUUGUGUCGGAACUCCGCAUGAGCCAAGUACAGGAUGAGCUUAAGGACAUCUCGGCUCGUGUUGGAAGCGGGCUCGUGGAGAAGGAGCAGAUGAGCGAACAGAUGGCGCAGGUCCUUCCACUCCAGGUCGAGAUCGCUCAAAAGGUGGUUCGUGCUGCCGAGGACAGGAGGGUCAUCUAUGGGCGCAUCAAGUUGCUCGAAGAAGCAUCCGCUGCUUGGCAGAAAGAGCUGAAGACCAUGCUCGAAGCCAUGCAGGCCGAGUUCCGAGCCGGAAUGGAAUUGGUUCACGAAUUUGCCGCCAAAGGACGGAAGCCGCCACCCGCCUCAAAGACCAGGGGCGAUACCGCAGCAACGGCAACAGCAGCAGCAGCAGCAGCAGCAACGGCAACGACCCCCGCAUCCACGACAACGACCGCGAAGAACAACAAGAGAGCGAGUCCUUCACGCAAGAAGACAAAUCUUUCGAAUGGCAAGAAGGCCAAGCUGUUCUCUGCAGAAGACGAAGAGAGUGCGGCUCCAAGUGCUUUUACUGCCGUCGAUCUGAAUGCCGUGGUCAAGCAAGGCAUUUCGGAUUCGAGCCACGGGAUCAAUCAGCAGCAGCAACAUGCAUACGAUCAGCAACAGCAGCAGCAGCAGCAGCAGCAUUACAUGCUCCGAUCCCAGCCCGCUGUAGCGUGGUCACGCGAGAACCACUCUCAAGCUCAAUCCCAGCCGAUGCUCCCCAGCCAGACUGAUCUUGCGCUUGAUCAGGUGCAACUCGCACCUCGACCUCGCACUGCCGUGCCUUUUCCGCACGACUUCCAGCCAAGUGUGGGUUCGUUCGAAAUAGCGCUACGUCGCUAG